GCCCCCGGACUUCUUGUCUGUCGUGCGAGCGGAUCGCGAGGGACAUUCGCUUUCAAAAUGAAUUCCGGACCUCCAGCGCUCGGCGCUCACUCAUCUCUGACUACAACCACCAUGUGCUUUGACUUUGGCCGAACUUGUAAUACACUGCGCGAGAUAUUACUGCGCGGUCACUACAUCUUUCUGUGUAGCUCAUCCGGGUAACCUGUAUUGACAAGUCCUAUGCGCAUGCAUAUUUGUUGAACUUAUUCUGACCUUGGGAGAGUCGAGACUCAGAUCAUGAUCUUUCGGGAUAAACACGAUCGGGAUUACCUUGACGACUCAAUUGCGCCCUGACGACACGAUCUUUCAGAAUUACCGGUGAGAUGAGACGCUAUAAGGCCUUCUUUGCUUACUUUUAGCUGCUAAACCUCUCCAGCCCAGUGCAGGGUGUAUAGUGCUGUGUGGACGCAGUCGGUAUUUCCUUCUUUUAACAGUCCUUUCUUUCAGGUCAACACAUUCUUUCCUUUGCAUUUGGCUGAACAUGGCUCGACUUACUUGCACUGCGCUCUUCUAUGUUGUUAUAUUUGCAUUCACUUCGAGCGUAUUGGCCGGACCCGGCUGUGCGCGUCGUCUUCAAGGACAGGAUACUUGUCUCACUCAGUGUGACAAGAACUGGGGUUGGCCCGGAAAACGCAUGGGCACAGAUAGAUGGGGAAACGUUGUGGAAGCUACAGUGACCGACAUGGCUACGGGAAGCAUUGUGACCAAACAGUGUCGUUUAAGACCAGAGUCCGUUUCUUCUGCUGUACCGUCGGAAACUGCGCCAGUUGCGAACGUUGCAUCUGAAGUCAGCUUGAUAAGUACUACUAGUCUCACAUCUACUUUGGUUUCCGUCAACCAAACCGCCGCCCCCACGUCUAAUAACUCUGUCAUACCGACAAACACAAGCUCGAAAUCAAGUUCUGCAUCCUCUAAGUUGUCAACUUCGUCCCAGACAACCACCCGGUCUUCUACGCGCGCCAGUCAACUCUCUCCAUCAUCGAGUUCCCUGCCUCCACCAGCCCCAACUACAUCCACUGCUACCCCGUCGCCCGAGACAACCACCGCGCCUCCUCCUAGUCCAAGUCCAUCUCCUGAGUCGUCUUCAAAAGAACCUGCUAAACCCGCCGCAACAACAGCCAACGCCUCUGUACAGAACGUCGCCACGGGUGGCGGCAGCUCUUCCGCCUCUGAUAGUGACAUUCAACAAUAUCUGUCAGCGCACAAUUCUGUGCGUGCACAACAUGGCGCCAGUCCCCUGACCUGGAGCGACGAUGCAGCUGCUAAAGCCCAAACAUGGGCCAAUGGAUGUGUAUUCGAGCAUUCCGGAGGAUCACUUGGGCCGCUCGGAGAAAAUCUCUCCGCUGGAACUGCGGCCUCUUUCGGCAUAAGUGAGGCUAUUAAAACUUGGACUGAUGAAGUUUCGGAAUACGAUCCGAAUAACCCUCAACCUUCUCACUUUACACAAGUCGUGUGGAAGGCGACAACCCAGGUUGGGUGUGCCGUUCAGUCUUGCGACGGUAUAUUCGCAUCCAGUUUCGGGAAAGCUAAGUUCUUCGUAUGCGAGUACUCCCCACAAGGCAACUUUAUUGGAGCAUUUGCGCAAAACGUGCAAGUGUAGUCUACUUUCUGCUUCCUUUCUUCUCCUUUUUCCGCCCAGUUGCGCUUUCGUUUUGGUUCCCGUGUUACCUUCACUUCUUGGCUGGUCCCUUAAAAGAAAUCCCGACUGCACACAUUGCUGGCCCUGUGUAGCAUGUACUCUAGUUCUCAUCAAUACACACCCUCUGAGAAGGUUGAAUUUAUUGUCUGCGUUGAACAUCGUGUAUCAUGAAUGAACCCGAAGAGUUGUU